AUGUAUAAAAAUAUAUGUAGAAAUGUAUCCAAAUCGUUAAUAACAUUUGUUUCAAAAAGAGUUGUGAAUAAAACUUAUAUUCGAAACUCUAGUUUUAAGUCAUACAAUUUUACAAUAAAAAGUGCUCCUGUAGUUAAAUAUCUAGAAUUUAUAAAGCACGAAUACUGGAAUUUAUAUACCUCAGAAAAUGUAGAUAAUAAAGCGAGAAUAAGAUUAGAUGAGUUAUUGCCAGUUAUGAAAAUAUUGGAGGAAAAAGAAUGUGUCGAAGGAAAUCUAAAAAAUUUAGAUGAUAUUAAUUCUAAAGAUGAAGAAGAUAAAGAUAUGAAAGAAUUGAUAGCCGAAGAAAGACAGGUGUAUGAGAAUAUAUUAAAACAAAUUGAGAGCAAAUUAUUAUUAGCUAUUUUGCCAAAACCUUUCGGAAGUGAUGUUAAUAAAAUAAUGAUAGAGAUAACUGCAGGCGUAGGAGGAAAAGAAGCUAUGUUAUUUGCACGAGAAUUAUUUGAUAUGUAUUGCGGAUAUAUAAAUUAUAAGGGUUGGGACUAUCGUCUGGCAGAGUUUGAUGAAUCUGAACUGGGUGGUAUCAGACAUGCUGGUUUACUCGUAGAAGGCGAUGGGGCCUAUAGAAAUAUGAAUUUUGAGGGAGGUGUUCAUCGUGUACAAAGAAAUCCAGCCACUGAAAAAUCAGGACGAAUUCAUACAAGUACAGCAACAGUUGCUGUUUUGCCCCAACCAAACCCUAUUGAUAUCCAAAUAAAAAAUCAAGAUCUCAAAAUUGAGACUAAAAGAGCCAGUGGAGCUGGUGGUCAGCAUGUGAAUACAACUGAUAGUGCUGUUAGAAUUGUUCAUAUUCCGUCAGGUAUAGCUGUUGAAUGCCAAACAGAUCGAUCUCAAAUUAAGAAUCGAGAGAUAGCCAUGGAUAAACUUAGAACAAAACUAUAUGAACAACAAAUUACAUCACAGGAGACUACCACCAAAAACAUGAGAAAAUCACAAGUAGGGGCUAGUAAUCGAAAUGAAAAAAUUCGUACGUACAAUUAUAACCAAGAUCGUAUUACAGAUCAUAGACUUUCAUAUAAUAUUCAUAAUAUUAAAGUUUUUAUGGAAGGAGGAGAACCUCUUCAGAAACUUAUUGAUAAUUUAGACGAAAUAUCAAGGUUUGAAUUAUUAGAUAAACUUAUUCACUCUAUACCUGAAAGUUACCCAAAAAUGCAAACGUAA